AUGACGACCACCGCCGCAGAGAGCCCGCCUACGAUGGCGGCGGAACACGUAGCGGAGACCACAACCACGACCGAUGCCAGUGCACCACACGUCCCAAUCCCACGGCGCGGAGUCGAUUACAGAGACAAGAUCGUCCUCGCACCAAUGGUCCGCUCCGGAGAACUCCCCUCCCGCCUCCUCGCCCUCAAAUACGGCGCAGAUCUAGUCUGGGGCCCCGAAACCGUCGAUAGAUCAAUGAUCGGAACAACCAAGAAAACCAACCCCAGAACCGGCUGCAUAGAGUGGUCACGGACCUCACACGACAAAGAGACCGUCCUCUACCGCAUCGACCCCGCCCGCGAAUCCUCCCGCCUGAUCUAUCAAAUCGGCACCAACUCGCCCACCCGCGCCGUCGAAGCAGCCAAACUCUUCGCCGAACACGGCUGCCCCAAAUCCUUCUCAACCGACGGCGGCAUGGGCGCAGCCCUCCUGCGAACUCCCGACCUCCUCGCCAGCAUCUUGACCGCCCUCGUCGAAGAGGUCGGCAAGCCCUACGAGAUCGGCAUCUCCGUCAAAAUCCGCCUCCUCGAAACCCCCGAACUGACCUCCUCCCUCGUCAACAAACUCUGCAAAACCGGCAUCACAGGCCUCACAAUCCACUGCCGCACAACCCCCAUGCGGCCCCGCGAGCGCGCAAUCCGCGAGCAGCUCCGCAUGAUCGGCGACAUCUGCCGCAGCCACGGCGUAGCCUGCCUCAUGAACGGCGACGUCGCUCCUACGAACAAGGGCUCGCCCUCGCCAAAGAAUACGGCGUCGACGGCGCCAUGA